UCGGCAUCUGUGGCUUUCCAGGGUCCCUUCCCCCUUCCCCAUUCUGGGCCUCUCCAUUUCGUGGGAGGGGCCCUCCUUUCGGCUCAGCCUGCCUCCCUCCCUUCCUCCCCCUCGAUCCAGCUGCAGAGCAAACCCCGGGCAUUUUGGCUCUGCCCAAAUCAGGCAGGGCCGCCUUAGCCCUUCCCCUCCCUUCCCCUCUGCUGCUGCCUUCUUUCCUGCCCUCUUUUCUUGCCGCCUUCUCUACCGCCUAGGGAUGGGGGGCUGGAGGAGCCAGAUCUAAGGUCCAAAGUCAAGACAGGGAAGUCGGGGCUGCCAGGCCUCCUGCUCCUGGGAGAUGCGAGACCAGAGGAUGCUGGCCUGAGAGCUUUGCGGGGCCAGGGAAGGCAUCAAGUCCACUCCCCUCACUCAUGAGUGAAGAUCUGGCCCGUGGUCAGAGAGCAGCCAGCAUUCAAACCCAGCUCCCAUGACUCCGACCCUUGUAGAGAAGAGGAAGAGGCACAGGCUGCCCGGGGGCAGAUCAGGAGUGGACUGGACAGCUGGGGAACCAGCGGUAGCCACUGAGUCCAAACCAGUUCUGACCUAAGCAGGGCCCGGGCAGUCGGUGCCAUGAAGCUGAAUGAACACAGCGUGGCCCACUACGCCGUGAGCGGCUCUCCCGCCGACCAUGAGGGCUUCCUGCGCCGCUGCAGCAGCCCGGGAGCCCGCCAGCCAUCGGCUGGGGCCGGGGGCUCCUGCCCACGCUGCUGGUUCGUCCUCAAGGGGAAUCUGCUCUUCUACUUCGAGGGGCGGGAGAGCCGGCCCCCCCUGGGCCUCAUCGUGCUGGAGGGCUGCACCGUGGAGCUGUGCGAGGCCCCCCAGGAGUUCGCCUUCGCCAUCCGCUUCGAUGCCCCUGGGCUGCGGCCCUACGUGCUGGCAGCCGAGGGGCCCGAGGCCCAGGAGGCCUGGGUGAAGGUGCUCUCCAGGGCCAGCUUUGGCUACAUGCGGCUGCUGGUGCAGGAACUGGAAAGGCAGCUCUGCGACAUGCAGGUGGGCCUCGCCUCCCGCCACCCCGGCGCCCGCCACCCGCCCCACAGGGCCACCCGCCCUCCGGACCGGCCACCCCCCCAACCCGAAGACGAGCUCAGGGAGGGCAGCCCCUCGGCAGAUACAGAAGGGGAGGAGGUGGCCACAAGGCUCCCUGCUCCUGUUGGCCGACGGCGCCUGGCGGAGAACUGUCCCUGGGGCCCGGCCGGCCUGCCCCUGAAUGGGGGGGACAGCCCAGUGUCCCCAGAGACCUCCUGCUUCCCCAAGCUGCAUGACUGGUACGGCCAAGAGAUCAUGGAUCUCCGGAGGGAGUGGUUGCAAGCCAGGGGCCUGGGUGGUGGGCUGUGAGGGGAGAGCAGGGGGACAUGGGGCUCCUGACCCCCCCCCCCAAGCGGUCUGGCUUUUCACCCUCCACACUGCCCGUGGGGGCCCAGAUCAGCUCCAGGGAAGAAGCUGCCUGGUCACUCUCCUCGCCCAGGCCCCAGCCCCCUCCUCCUUUCCUAUCUUUGUUAAGACCCCUGGAUGCCCACUGCGGCCAUCGUCUGAAGGGAGGUAGUACACCCUUCUUCUUUCCUUUCCCUAAUUGCUCAGGACACAGGGUUGAGUCCUCAGGAGAAAGUCAGAAAGGAAAGAUGGCUACUGAAUGACCGGGUGACCUGAGGGGAGUCAGUGAGCAGCUCUGAGCCUCAGUUUCUCCAUUUAUAAUAAUAACCAGGAAGGGGAUCUCUAACGGCUCUGACAUACCAAGAAAAAGGAUAAUGAUGAGACAGUGUAGCCUAAUGGAUAGAGCUGGCCUCAAGGGCAGGCAUCGUGACCCCCAUUUUACAGAUGAGGAGGCUGAGGCCCGGGGGGGGGGAGGGCUGAGCCUGGGCCUUUCCCUGUUUUGCUCUUGCACCACAUGAGCUUCAAACGGAUGUCAGCGGACCAACCCUUGGGGGCGUUGUGGAGGGAUUCCUUUUGGGCUGGGAUUAGGUGAUUUCUGGUUGCAGGUUCCGGGAGUCUGUUAAAGCCAGAAAGAAAAUAGCCUUGUGGGGAAAAGGCCCACAGGCGAUUCCUAGUCUUUCAUCCCCCUUCAUCCCCGAGGGAGAGUAGGAAGGAGAUAAGGACUCUAACUGCCUCCAAGCCUGGCUCUGGAGGUCAGCAGACUGAGAGCUGCAAGGGCAGUGCAGGUGUCAUCUGGUCCACCCUCAUCCUUUUACAGAUGAGGAAACUGAGGCCCAGAGGGACUAGGGAGUUCGAGGCAGGACACAGAGCUGCCCAAGCCCCUGGUUCCUGAGGGAGGUCUGAGAAGUGGUGGUGGUGGGGGGAGGGUUCCUCCCUCCUGGCUCUGAUGUGAAUGCUCAGAACCCGGAGCAGAACAUCUGAGUCAGACAGACGCCUAGAGUCCACUGGUCCGCCUUCUACCUCUGUCACAGGGGUUGUGCUGCCCGUCAGAGCUGACUAGAACCUGGGACCACCGGCUAGCUGGCUGCCACCCCACUGAGGCAGGUGCCCGGGCGUGGGGCAGUCCUGGCUUUGACCCCUGCCUCCCUGGGCCCUGCACAGGAAUGCGCACACAGGACCGCAGGACCCUCAAAACAGCCUCUGUUGUCCCCAUUGGGUCCAGGGACUAGUUCUGGGAAACGCCCCCCACCCCAGUCAGCAUGGCCUCAAGGAAGCCCCUAACACCACAGGUGGGGGGGCAGCCAAGCUCCCCCCACUCAAGUUCUCUGGAGGCAGCUGGUGACAAAUCCAGCCUCCCACACUGUGUGGCGCUGGGCAGGUCACAUCCCCUCUGCCUGCCUCAGUUUCCCCAACUGUAAAAUAUGCUCAUAGUACCUCACUCCCCAAGGCUGUUGUGACCAUCAAAUAAGAUCUGUAAAGCACUUAGCAGGUGCUAUAUAAAUGCUUCUUCCCUUC